GCACUGUCCGAGCAGGUAGCCCUGUGGUCCUACACUUUGACUGGGUACAGGGUAACAGUGUCAUCGUUAACCUACCUUGAUCUUCAACAACACUCACUACAUAUGCCAUCCUGCUUUCGACCCAAUAGAGUCAGGGAAGAUAAUGAGGUUAGAAACUAGGCUCGAAAUUGAUUUUCGGCCAGCAAAACCAUAGAGGGAAACUCACUCUCAGCUCUAUUGCCUGAAUUUGCACUGACUUUGCUGAGGUACCCUAGGUAAAGUGCCUUCGAACACCUCUACUUCGCUCUAGACUAUAAAAUCGCAUAAAAACCGGACAGCAUAAAAUGUAUUCACUUGACUCAACCAGUGCUAAUGUACCACCGCGAGGUAUAUCUGAGUAGGUGUUUUGUUAAUUAGAAAUUCCCUUUAGGUAGUCACCGCCAACCUUAGAUAACCCAGGACGAUACCCGUUAGAACUCCUGGUUGACUAUGACCGUGGGUUUCAGGUUACCUCAAUUACAGAACACAGACCUCAUGAAGCGGAAGGCUGCUGAGGCGACGAUUUCCUCUGCCAACAGAGACGAAGAGCCCAACAAGAGAGUCAUCGCCUCAGCUGCCGUCGUAGACAAACACGCUCUGCCCCCAACUCCACUCACCACCGCCAGCAACCCCAUGGAUUCCGAGGAGGAAUACAUGUCGGCUCUUUCGAGCGACGACGAGAUAAUGCAAGACGAUAGCGGCGAUGAGAUCUCCGCAGGUGAAGGUGUGUUUCCCAAUAUCCUCCACGACCCCCCAUAUUCGAUCACCUUGGUUACUAAUGAUGUUGACAUCACAGAUUUCGAUGACGAAGAGUUCGACGAGCCCGAUCCUGACUUUGGUCUGAUUAAAGAUGCAGAGAAGAAGAAGAAAUCCGCACAUGUAGUAUCAUACAAAGUUUAUGAACCGAGCGAUAUUCAACGCCAACAGGAUGACAUGAUCAGCGAAGUCAACAUGAUUUUAGACAUGCAGAAAGAGGACGCGGCCAUCUUGCUUCGCCAUUUCCGAUGGAACAAAGAAAGGUUGCUUGAGGAUUAUAUGGACAGACCAGAAAAAGUCCUCGAAGCUGCUGGAUUAAGCAGCAAUACAUCUAGCCCCCCAAAGCUGGAGGUUAUCCCUGGUUUCACAUGCGACAUAUGCUGUGAGGAUGAGGAGGGCCUCGAGUCAUUUGCCAUGAAAUGUGGUCAUCGGUACUGUGUUGAUUGCUACCGGCACUACUUGACACAAAAGAUCCGUGAAGAGGGUGAGGCUGCUAGGAUCCAAUGCCCCUCUGAUGGAUGCGGUCGCAUCCUUGACUCAGCGUCACUUGAUGUUCUGGUCACCCCAGCACUCGCAGAUCGAUACCAAGAACUACUCAACAGAACGUAUGUCGAAGACAAGGACAAUUUUAAGUGGUGUCCUGCCCCAGACUGCCCCAACGCUCUCGAGUGCGGCGUCAAGAAGAAGGACCUGAGCAAGAUCGUCCCUACUGUCGAGUGUCGAUGCGGGUAUAGAUUCUGCUUUGGUUGUCCGAACCCCGACCACCAACCAGCUCCCUGUGAGCUCGUUAAGAAAUGGCUCAAGAAGUGCGCCGACGACUCAGAAACAGCCAACUGGAUCUCGGCUAAUACCAAAGAAUGCCCAAAGUGCAACUCGACGAUCGAAAAGAAUGGAGGCUGCAACCAUAUGACUUGUCGAAAGUGCAAAUAUGAGUUUUGCUGGAUGUGUAUGGGACUUUGGUCUGAGCACGGCACCAGCUGGUAUAACUGCAAUAGAUAUGAGGAAAAGAGCGGAUCUGAGGCUCGUGAUGCACAAGCUAAAUCUCGGACGUCUCUUGAACGAUAUUUGCACUACUACAACCGAUAUGCCAACCACGAACAAUCGGCCAAGCUCGAUAAGGAUAUUGCUCAAAAAACCGAAAAAAAGAUGGUUCAGCUUCAGACAGCUUCGGGAAUGUCCUGGAUUGAGGUUCAGUAUCUCAAUUCCGCGUCCCAAGCUCUCCAAACAUGUCGACAAACGCUCAAGUGGACAUAUGCUUUUGCUUUUUAUCUCGCCAGGAACAACCUGACAGAGAUUUUUGAGGAUAACCAGAAGGACCUCGAGAUGGCCGUGGAGAACCUGUCUGAAAUGUUCGAGAAACCCACUGCAGAAUUGUCUGACCCCAAACUCAAGGUUGAUAUCAUGGACAAAACUUCAUACUGCAACAAGCGUCGCGUCAUUCUCCUUGAGGAUACAGCCGAGAACCUUGCAAUUGGUAAAUGGAUAUUUAACGCGGACCUAUUAGCUGCGACCACUUCUGCGCCUGUCAACCGUCGCUAA